UAGCGGACUGCGUAAGCGCAAAUAAAAACCAACCCCAAGUGGCGGAAUUCGUCCUCAAUUUUCAUCACUUCAGAAAGCCAAGAAUGGCUUCGGUAGCAACAACUUCAACAGCAACGCUCUUCUCUUCACUCCUCUCAAGACCCUCUUUCUCCCUCUUCCGUACUCGCCCUCGCAUCACUUGCUCUUCCUCUUCAACUUCUACUUCUUCUUCUUCUUCUUCCUCCCUUCAAUUCAACAUCUCAUUUGCUCCACCAAAGCCCAAACCAACACAAACCACCCUCCCUCGACACCAACGCCAACUUCAAGAAAAUGACGACGACGACGAAGAAUUCGGUGGGCCCCAACAGCUCUUCAUUCCCUGGAUUGUGCGUGGGGAGGAUGGCAACCUCAAACUCCAAACCCACCCGCCUGCCCGUCUCAUCCACGCUCUUGCCGAUGCCAAGACCCAGAAGCCCAAACAGAAGAAGAAAAAGAACGAUGGUGAUGGAGGUGCUAAGAAUGUAAAGCUUUCCAAAGCCGCUCGUAGAUUUUAUAAUGACAACUUCAGAGACCCCCCUGAACGCCUCAGUAAAGUCUUAGCUGCAGCCGGUGUGGCAUCAAGACGGGGUAGUGAAGAGCUAAUAUUUGAAGGUCGAGUGACUGUAAAUGGUUCUGUAUGCAAUACUCCUCAGACUAGAGUUGAUCCUGCUAGUGAUAUCAUUUAUGUAAAUGGGAAACGCCUUCCUAAGAAAUUGCCGCCAAAAGUGUAUCUUGCGCUGUACAAACCAAAAGGGUACAUCUGUUCAUCAGGGGAGAAGGAGUUUAAGUCUGUCAUUAGUCUAUUUGAUGAUUAUAUGAAGAGUUGGGAUAAAAGAAAUCCAGGACUACCUAGACCGCGAUUGUUCACUGUUGGUCGCCUUGAUGUUGCCACAACAGGAUUGAUUAUAGUGACUAAUGAUGGAGAUUUUGCUCAGGAAGUUUCACAUCCUUCAUCUAAGUUGCCUAAAGAAUACAUUGCAACCAUAGAUGGUGCAGUAAAUAGGCGGCACUUAAUAGCCAUCAGUGAAGGAACAGUUAUUGAAGGCACCCAUUGUACUCCAGAUUUGGUGGAGUUGUUACCACGACAACCAGAUAUUUCAAGACCUCGUCUUCGUGUUGUGGUUCAUGAAGGGAGGAACCAUGAAGUUCGAGAACUUGUGAAGAACGCUGGACUUGAGAUUUACUCAUUAAAACGAGUAAGGAUUGGUGGGUUCAGACUUCCUUCAGAUCUUGGGCUUGGAAAGCACGUGGAAUUAAAACAGUCUGAUCUUAAAUCGAUCGGUUGGAAGAAUUGAGUUGCUACAAAGCAGGGAGUUUGCACAUCAUUUCUGUUUCUUCAAGCAAAGUACAGUCAGACGAAACAUGGCUUCACAGUUCUGUCUGGAGUAUCGCUGAUGUUUAUCAGUGAGAAUGUUGAAGGGUCCCUUGCCCCUUUUAGAGGAAGUCUAUGAAUCAUGAGGAUGACUGCCUUAUAUACUUGACAGGGACAGCGAUUUGUAUCAUAGUGAAACAGAAGGCUAUCCAAGUCUAAAACAGAAAAAAGUGUCAAAACUUCAUUGGUGAUGGAAAAUUUUCAUCAAUCAAAACCGUCUCUGUAAACGGGUAACUGGCAAGAGUUGCAAGCAAAAUCUUAUACGUAUGCAAUGAAAAUGUAUAGGAAGAACCUGCAAUUGGUGUUUAUUUAGCUUAAACUCAGCUUGCUGGUUGUUUGAGAUCGAAGGUAUCCUGCUUUUACACAUUUUUGAGGCCCAAUCUGGACUAAAAAUGUUUCUGACAUCUACGUAAUAGGAUUUUGUGACUUGGUAUAUGCAGUUCUGUUCGCAAAAAAAAAUUGGCUUCUUCCUAAAUCAAUGUUAUAGUAUUUUUCCCCUUCUGA